GAUUUGGGUCCAUCUGAGGCACCGAGAGUCUCUUAUGAGAGGGGUUUGGGGGCUAUUUGAGGACAUUUUGGGCUCUCAUGAGGAUAUGUGGGGCUCUUGUGAGGGGAUAGAGUCUUAGGAGCGAUUUUGGGACCUCUUUGGGGCCACGUGAGGGGAUUUUGUCUCCUAUGGGGAGAUUUGUGGCCUCUGUGAGGGGAUUUGGUGUCAUCUGAGGACGUUUGGGGCCAUCUGAGGGGUUGAGGGGGUUCCUGUUGGGGGAUUUAGGGUCAUAUGUGGAUAUUUUGGACAAAUUUAGGGCUCCCUGUGUGAUUUGGGGCUUUGUGGAUGGGGUUUGAGGAGAGGAAAUCAAGCAAAGCCAAGGAGAAGAAGCAGAAGCGUUUGGAAGAGCGAGCGGCCAUGGACGCCGUCUGUGCCAAGGUGGAAGCUGCCAACAAACUGGAAGAUCCCCUUGAAGCAUUUCCAGUCUUUAAGAGAUACGAGCGGAAUGGGUUGAACGUUGCUAUCGAGUGCAAACGCGGCUCUGGGCUUGAGCCGGCCACACUGGAGUGGGCGUUCGAGCUCACCAAGGCCAACAUGCAGAGCCUGUACGAGCAGAGUGAGUGGGGCUGGAAGGAGCGGGAGAAACGGGAAGAGCUGCGGGACGAGCGGGCCUGGUAUCUGAUCGCCCGUGACUCAGCCACCGGCCCCGUCGCCUUCUCCCACUUCCGCUUCGAUGUUGAGUGCGGCGAUGAGGUUCUGUACUGCUACGAGGUGCAGUUGGAGAGCCGCGUCCGGCGGCGAGGGCUGGGCAAGUUCCUCCUCCAGAUCCUCCAGCUUGUGGCCAACAGCACACAGAUGAAGAAGGUGAUGCUGACAGUCUUCAAACACAACCACGGCGCCUACCAGUUCUUCCGAGAAGCGCUCCACGCGCUGGACACGGGCCGGGCGCCGCGGGCAGCCGAGAGAGGUUCGAGGUGGACGCCACCUCCCCCGGCCUCGCGGGGUGCUGCGGGGACCCCCCCUCCUACGAGAUCCUCAGCCGACGCACACGCUUUGGGGAGAGCCUGCAUGCCGGAGGGGGACACUGCGGGGGCUGCUGCCGCUGAGACCCCCACUCUGCCCCAAAAUCAUGCUGUUUCAACCCAAAAACUCACCUCAACGACAAGGGACUCCCAACUUCUCUGGCCACCAAACGGGUGAUGGGACCCCUUCUUCUCUCCCAUUCUGCAUCCCACGGGGGAGGGACACUGAGCCCCCCCAACCCCAAAAUCACAACGUUUCACCCCAAAAACAGCGCCUCGCUGUGGGGAUGUGGGAAUCCCGCCUGCUUCUCUCGCUGGAAGGGUGAUGGGAACCCUCCCUUCCUUCCCAAUCCCACAUUUGGGGGGGGCCUUAUGGGGGAGUUGGUUUUUAGUGGGGUUGGGGGAGGCACAUUUUGGGGCUGGAAGGGGUUUUUUGCCCAUUCUGGUUGUUUCUGUUGCCUCGCAGGAGUCGAGGCCCCUCCGCCAGCUUUCU